CGCCGCAGCCGCAGCCACCGCCGUCGUGUCCCCAACCUCGACGGUCGCCGUGGCCUCGGUUGCAUCUGCCUUGGAGAAGAAGACAAAGAGCAAGGGGCCCUACAUCUGCGCCCUGUGCGCCAAGGAGUUCAAGAACGGCUACAACCUCCGGAGGCACGAGGCCAUCCACACGGGAGCCAAGGCCGGCCGGGUGCCUUCGGGUGCUAUGAAGAUGCCCACUAUGGUGCCCCUGAGCCUCCUGAGCGUGCCCCAGCUGAGCGGAGCCGGCGGAGGAGGGGGAGAAGCGGGUGCAGGCGGCGGAGCGGCUGCCGUGGCCGCCGGUGGCGUAGUGACCACGACCGCCUCGGGAAAGCGCAUCCGGAAGAACCACGCCUGUGAGAUGUGCGGCAAGGCCUUCCGCGACGUCUACCAUCUGAACCGACACAAGCUGUCGCACUCCGACGAGAAGCCCUACCAGUGCCCUGUGUGCCAACAGCGCUUCAAGCGCAAGGACCGCAUGAGCUACCACGUGCGCUCACAUGACGGCGCUGUGCACAAGCCCUACAACUGCUCCCACUGUGGCAAGAGCUUCUCCCGGCCGGAUCACCUCAACAGUCACGUCAGACAAGUGCACUCAACAGAACGGCCCUUCAAAUGCGAGAAAUGUGAGGCAGCUUUUGCUACGAAGGAUCGACUGAGGGCGCACACAGUACGACAUGAAGAGAAGGUGCCAUGUCACGUAUGUGGCAAGAUGCUGAGCUCGGCUUAUAUUUCGGACCACAUGAAGGUGCACAGCCAGGGCCCUCACCAUGUCUGUGAGCUCUGCAACAAAGGUACCGGUGAGGUCUGUCCAAUGGCGGCAGCGGCAGCAGCGGCGGCAGCAGCAGCAGCAGCUGCAUCAGUGGCAGCCCCUCCCACAGCUGUGGGCUCCCUCUCUGGGGCUGAGGGGGUGCCUGUGAGCUCUCAGCCACUUCCCUCCCAGCCUUGGUGAACUCCUAGUUGGGGAGGGGAAGGGGGGAGAAUGGAGGAAAGUCCCUUGGUAUCCUUUCCCCCUCCUCUCUUCCCAUCAACAACUCACUGCUUCCCCCACCACCCAAGGAGCCUCCUGAAGGAAAGGAGGAAGAAAUGUUUUCUUAGGGGAAUUCACUAGGUUUUAACGAUUUGUUUCUCCUGCUCCUCUUCUCCCUAUCAGACCUGCCCCCACACACACCUGUCCCCUUGGUUGUGUUCAAGCCCCCUGGACAGUGGGCAGGGAUGACAGAGGACGGGAGCGGCCACUGCCUUCACCCCUCUCCUCUCUGUAACCCCCUGCCCCGCCCUGCCAGGGAUCUGUGAGCCUCCUCCCUUGGUGGUCCUUGCUCUCCUUCCAGUCCCCCCUACUGUCUGCUGCCCCUCCCUGGGGAGUUGGUGCUUUUUUUUUUUUCCAGGGGGAGGGAGGAGAGAAAGGAGGGGAAUCAAAGAUUCUGUCCUAGAGAGGGGAAAAGGUGAGAUUUGAGAAGGGGCAGAAGCAGGGAAGGCAAAGGUUUGUACCUUCGUAAGGCCGGGUUGUUUAGGGUCAGCCCUAAGCAUACUCCUUAAGAAUCUGUUGAGAGAACAAGUCAAGGGGAGCAAAAGGAGCUACAUGGGCCGGAGGCAGGACAAGAAAUGGAACUUGAGGCGGCCAGGGUAAAUGGGGAGGUCCAGGACUAGAGGUGCUGCCUGGGGGUGGAGGAAGGCAGCUGCAGUGUCUCCCCCUUUCCUCUUCCACCCCAGCUCCAGCCCUGGCCUUUUCAUCCCUCUCCCCCAAGAUAGAAGUUGUGGCCCUGGCCAUGUCAUCGUGUUCCUGUGUUCCCUGCAUGUUCCCUACCCUUCACCCCCUCCUCUUGGCGUGGAUCCCAUUACAAUAAAUUUUAAAUAAAAACUUG